GCCGCACAGCUCCUGUCGCCGUUGCGGCUUCCGGUGCUAGGUGGAGGGAAGGAAGGAGGGAGCCGGGGAGCGGGCCAGGGGAGCAGCCGCGGUGAAGUAGGCUUGGAGAGCCAGAGAGAGCGGAGUGAGAGGCAAGUGGAACUUGCGGGGGCGGAGGCGGUGGUAGCAGCGGCGGAGCUGGGAGCAGGAGCAGGAUCAAGUCCUCCAUACCAGGGACCAGGCUGCAGCUGCUUCCACUUGAGCCCCCCUAUCCGUAGAGAGCAGCUGCUGUAAUCAUGGGCAAUAUCUUUGGAAACCUUCUCAAGAGCUUGAUUGGGAAGAAGGAGAUGCGCAUCCUGAUGGUGGGCCUGGAUGCUGCCGGAAAGACCACUAUCCUGUACAAGCUGAAACUGGGGGAGAUUGUCACCACCAUCCCCACCAUUGGAUUUAACGUGGAAACAGUAGAGUAUAAGAAUAUCAGCUUCACAGUGUGGGAUGUAGGUGGCCAGGACAAGAUUCGGCCCCUCUGGAGGCACUACUUCCAGAACACCCAAGGCUUGAUAUUUGUGGUCGACAGCAAUGAUCGGGAGCGAGUAAAUGAGGCCCGGGAAGAGCUGAUGAGGAUGCUGGCCGAGGAUGAGCUCAGGGACGCCGUGCUUCUUGUCUUUGCAAACAAACAGGAUCUGCCGAAUGCUAUGAAUGCUGCUGAGAUCACGGACAAGCUGGGCCUGCAUUCUCUGCGUCAUCGCAACUGGUACAUUCAGGCCACCUGUGCCACCAGUGGGGAUGGGCUGUAUGAAGGCCUGGACUGGCUGGCCAAUCAGCUCAAAAACAAGAAGUGAGAGCCAGACAGCCCUGUCCAGCCAGCCCACUCACCCCUGACAUACCCGUUAUCUCCCUGCCCCAGUCCUACCCUUUUCCACUGCAAGUGUGGCCAGGGCCCUGGGUAUCAUGUCCGCAUGCCCAGCAAGAGCCUUGCCUCCCCUGCCUCCCCUUCUUUCCCCUUUCCAUUGACAUGACCAGUCCCCAAUUGCUGUCUUGAUGAUGAAUCAUUCCAAUUUACUGGAUUUAAAACAAAAAA